CCCCAUUCCCGCCACGAAUCUACACAAAACUCCAUCUGGAAACUGAAAUGGUGAACCUGCAAAAACUGAAAAUGGGGAAGUCGAAGAGAGAUGAGAAACAGUACUGGCUGCUAAAAACUGAGCCAGGGGAAUGGUCAUGGGAAGACCAAGCAUCAAACGGAGGUCUCUCCAAAUGGGAUGGCGUCAAGAACCACCAAGCCCUAAAAAAUCUCAAGUCCGCUCGCAUGCAUGACAGCUGCUUCUUCUACCAUUCUGGGACCAAAUCCCGCCGUGUAGUCGGAGUUGUCACCGUUGUCCGUGAGUGGUACGAAGACGACGUCACUGGCGGUGGUGGGGCUGUAGACGUGAAGGCGGUGGGGGAGAUGAGGAGGCCAGUGGAUUUGAAGGAGAUGAAGGGAGAACUGAAGAACAAUAAGGAAUUUGGGUUGUUUAGGCAGCCUAGAUUGUCGGUUGUUAGGGUUCCGGCAGAUGUUUGGCACAAGAUUUGCGAGUUGGGUAAUGGGUAUGAAGGUGAUGGUGUUUGUGUAUCCGAAGAUGAUGAACAGGUAUAAGGAAGUUUGGAAUCUGAUUGUGUCUGUUUUCAUGGAUUCUAGGGUUCUUUAGACGGUGAUGGAUAGCUGCGGAUUUUUGAUCACCAGGUGUUUGAUAUUUUGCUUCAGUGAAUAUACUAGGCCUUUUGC